CUCCCUUCUCGACCAGCGCCAGUUACAAAAAAGUCCUUCGUCCCUUUUUCCUCUUCCCUAAUCCCCAUCCCUCUCGAGACUCCAGUCCAGUCCAACCUCCCGUCGACCAUCAUGUCUACUGCUGAGCUCGCUUGCUCCUACGCGGCCCUCAUCCUCGCCGAUGACGGCGUCGAGGUCACCGCCGACAAGCUCCAGACCCUCAUCUCCGCCGCCAAGGUUCAGGAGGUUGAGCCCAUCUGGACUUCCAUCUUCGCCAAGGCUCUCGAGGGCAAGGACAUCAAGGAUCUCCUGACCAACGUUGGCUCCGGUGGUCCCGCUGCUGCUGCCCCCGCCGCUGCUGCCGGUGGCGCCGCUGCCCCCGCUGAGGCUGCUGAGGAGAAGAAGGAGGAGGAGAAGGAGGAGUCCGACGAGGACAUGGGCUUCGGUCUUUUCGACUAAGCGUCCUAAAUCCUUUUACUAUAAUUGGAUCUGGAUUCCCCAUAAUUUCCUUUUUGCUUCGUUUCCUAUCUCUCUCCUCCUCGCUCCCUCGCAUAUCUUGUACCUAACAAUACUCGACCACACGAAGAUCAAAAUGGGAAAAUUAAAAGAACG